AUGGCUAGAUCCUUCCAUGAUUCGGAGGAGACUCACUAUAAAAAGAAAAAAAACGACUCAAGCAUUCACGAGCUUCUUGGAAACGACAUGAUUUACCAAAUAUUGAGUUUUCUUCACUAUCGUUAUAUUCUUAAAAAUUGUAUGAGGGUUUGCAAACAAUGGCACUCCAUUUCACUAAAUGUUCCAAUUUUCAUCAAUUUCAAGAGUCGAAGCAAAGGUUACACUGAUACUGUUCACUCGGCUAUUCAGCGUCUAACAACAAAUCAACAUAAGAUUAAUGUGACGGGUAUUAAGGUUCAUAGAUGUGUUGAAGUCAAAGGAAAAACUUUGAAACUCAUUAGCGCUAGUGAGUCCAUGAAAAAUUUAACAUCUUUAAGCCUCAACUUAAAACACUCUCUUUCUUGUGAGGGUAUCACUUCUCUUGCUACAAGCAAAUUUAUGAGUAAUCUUACUAAACUUCAAGUACAAGGUAUCGAUGUUGGUGAUACAGUAAUCCUUGCAUCAAGUGCAAACAUGAGCCAUCUUAAAAAAUUGUCAUUAAUUUCUUGUGGAGUGGAUUCAAGUACUAUUGCAACGAUAUGUGACAACAAAUGGAUCAGUAAUAACCUAACCUCUCUCACUUUUUCUGAACAUGGAAUUGAAAGUGAGGAUGUGCAGCUAAUUGUAUCCAGUGAGUUUGCAAGAAAUCUAAAGCAAUUAGUAUUGGAAUUCCAAACUAUAGAAGAAGAUGGGAUAAAAGCAAUUGCUGAGAGCUCUCUUUGUUGUAACCUAACUGAUUUGGGCCUUUCAUGCACUGACAUCGGACAGAAGGAAGUAAAAUUAAUUGCUGAGAGCCCUCAUUUGAAAAAUCUAACUCGAUUAGACCUGACUGGUUGUAACGAGCCGAAUCAUUCAGCUAAACUUUUGGAUGAGAGCCCAUUCCUUAAAAAUUUAAGAGUUUUGCUUUUCAAUAGUACAGAAAUUGAUGAGGAAGGAGUCAUCUCCAUUACAACUAGUCUAAAUUUUACAAAUUUAACAGAACUACAAUUGAACACCAACGAUUUGUCAAAGAGAGGAGUUCAGUUUAUUGCCAACAGUUCAGUCAUGAGAAAUCUGACAAGUUUACUUUUGAACGAAAAUCGAAUGAGCAAUGGAGGGCUCAUGUCCAUAUCCAAUAGCGAGUAUAUGAGCAACUUGCAAGUGUUAGAGCUUUCUCUUAAUGAGAUAGAAAUCCCAAGCAUUAUCUCUCUUUGCACAAGCAAAUUCAUCAAAAAUCUAACUCACUUAAACCUUGGUUUCAAUACAAUUUGUAGCGAGGGAGGAAUAGCCAUCGCCAACAGUGAAAAUAUGAAAAAUUUGAAGUAUCUCGAUCUAGGAUAUUGCUGCAUUGGCCCACAUGCUGUUAUUGCAUUGGCAAAUAGUCCCUUCUUGACACGUCUUAUCAAACUGAAUUUGGAUUGUAAUGGAGUUGAUAAUGAAGCAGCCAUUGCCAUUAGCACGAGCCCUUAUCUUCAGGGAUUGGCAUGGCUGAGUUUGAACAACAACGAUAUUGGGUUUAAAGGAGCUAUAGCCAUUAUUGAAAACCUUCGAAAUUUAACAACAUUACGAUUGAGCCAAAACGACAAGAUCCCACAAGAUAAAGAUGUAAGAGAGUAUUUAUACUCAAAACUGCCUCAUGUACUGGAAGGAUUGGAACUUGAAAAGCUGAACAAGGAAGACGUUUGA